ACUUUACAUGCUAACUAUAAGAGAACAAGCCCAAACUGUAGCCAAUAUCCACAAUUAAAUAUGUGUUUUUACAAAUAGUCAUUUGUUCUUUUACAAUGUUUGACUAAAAUCUCACCCAGUUUUACUGUAUUUAAAUCAGCCACAUGUUUUUGCAUUUUACUGGUGCAAACAUCAGUAAAAUUACAAACAGACUCAAUCUACAUAUAAAUAGAUCAAAUUCACAAUGUAUGCCAUCACAAUGCACUUCAGCAAUCAUAUCUAAUGUAAAAUAAGAUUAAAAAGAAAGAUUUUUACAUCAAGGUACAUGUCAAUCUUUGUUGCAAAAGGUGUAGAAUGACUAUGUAUUCUGAAAUGUAUUCACAUGAACCAAUUUGUUCACUGAAAAAGGGGAGAAACACUGCUACAGUAUUUGUGUUAAACUUACCAAAAGAAAGAGAAUCAAAAUGCAUUAGAAACUGAUCUCACUGCACUUUAGUUCACUGACAGUCAGUGGACUGAUGCGACAAGAACACUUGUUAAUUUUCAAAUGUUUUCUUGUUUAAUUUUUUCCUCCACAUGCAUCAUCUCUUCACCCGAGGCCACCUGACCGCCUGCCCGGUGGGAGUGGCGGCUCCACGGGGAACUCAUCAUCACUUUAAAACGCACCAGAGACUUGGCACAAAAGAAGCGCUCGCAGGCGAGCAGAGACGCGCGGGGAGUGUCUCUUAUUACCCUGGAAGGAAACGGCGUUUGGCACUUUUAAGCACCGCCUUGAAGAGUCUCUAUAAAUUUGGUAAAACGUGGACUUCGAGUUGUAGAAACUUAGUUUUUGUUUGGCACCGUUUCGGUUACAGCUCCGGGGAUGUGGAUGGAGCCUUUACGCACCGAAGCUGUGGCACACCUCGAGGUUUGGUUGUAGAUUUGAGAAACGCUUUUGUUCCAAUCUCGUCGUUUCUUUAUCUGAACAGUCACAUGACGCAAAGUUUCGCUCGGAGUCCAGGUUUUGCGGAGAGACUUUGCGCCUUCCAGCUGGAGUUUUGCUGCUGUUAACCUGCAAACCAAACAUGAACGUUUCUCUCUUCGACGUGACGCAGGGCGCGCUGUUCAACGGGAGCCUCGCCGGGACUCUGGCCAUCGGGAACGGCACAGAAAACGUGGUGACCGGCGACGGCGGCGGCUCACUGGUGCUGCUGCAGGACGAGCGCAAACUGUUCUUGAUGCGGGUGGUGCAGAUCGCGGUGCUGUGCGUGCUGUCGCUCACCGUCAUGUUCGGGAUAUUUUUCCUCGGUUGCAACCUGAUGAUCAAGUCAGAGAGCAUGAUUAACUUCCUGGUGAAGGACCGGAGACCCUCCAAAGACGUGGAAACGGUCAUGAUCGGGCUCAGCUAGCGCACCGACGAUCAGGUACCGAGGAGCUGCAUCUGCAUGUACUCAUCCAAGACGCUCUGUGUGUGUCCUCCUGAGGAAAGAUAUGCAAAAACUUCACAUUUCCUUCCAAAAAAGAAAAAAAAAAGCGACUACAGGAGAGUAGUCCAGCGACCAGUGUGUGUGCGUAAAGUUCGUGCGUAAAAUCCGGGCAAUUGUUUACACGUGGGCCGAUCUGUUGAAUAUUUUGGAGUGAAUUUCAUAUUGCCAACUUGAACAAAGUGACGACAAUGUUUACAAGCUGUUACCUCAUUUUUUGGGUUGGUUUUGUUUUCUUUUUGUAAAUGAUAAUGUUUUAAAAAUCCGUUCCAAAAGCAUGAUUGUGAAUUCUUAGCUGCACGCCUGCCAGUGUUCUCAGUGGACGUGAUGGACAUGUGGGUAUUCUCGAUACAAAGUAUUUUUUUCUUGUUUGGUAAAUACACUCUAAAUACUGAGAUCUUGACGUUCUCCCCCCCCCAACAGAACUCCGUCACAGCUUUAUGGAGUGUUCUGGUUCUCCUGUUUGGCAUGCUUUGAUCUGUGAGGUGAUUUGAUGGACCCGUUUUGCACUUUUGAAAUCACUGAUGCUGCAUGAAUUAUUUUGUACCAAAUACUUGAAAUUGCAGCAUGCAAUUAAAACAUUGAAAUGAGCAUA